GUGAAGACUCCAGAGCGGGGGAAAUGCGCCAUGUUUAAUUGGCCCAGAAACUUGGAGCGGAGUAGAGCUGUCUGUCUUGUCAGGUGUUGAGGCAGAAUGGCGAGACCGAUUAAGAGGACGGGCACAAUUCUGGGUGUCUUGGCUGUGGUGUUUGUGGUCAUCAUUAUCAUCCUGUGUGUGGUGCCCCGCCCUUGCCGUGACGACACUUGUAAGGAGCCAAUCUCAGGCAAGCAUGCAGGAGGCUACCCUGGCAAUACUUCGAGUGAUUCAACAACUACACCUGGGACAACUACACCUACACCUAGUACAACUACACCUAGUACAACUACACCUACACCUAGUACAACUACACCAACACCUAGUAUUACCCCAUCUACUACACCUAGUACUGUCUCUGAGGAUUCUACAUCUAGUACUGUCUCUGAGGAUUCUACAUCUAGUACUCUGUCUAAAGAUUCUACAUCGAGUACUGUCUCUGAGGAUUCUACAUCUAGUACUGUCUCUGGGGAUUCUACAUCUAGUACUGUCUCUGGGGAUUCUACAUUUAGUACUGUCUCUGAGGAUUCUACAUCUAGUACUGUCUCUGGGGAUUCUACAUCUAGUACUGUCUCUGGGGAUUCUACAUUUAGUACUGUCUCUGAGGAUUCUACAUCUAGUACUGUCUCUGGGGAUUUUACAUCUAAUACUGUCUCUGGGGAUUCUACAUUUAGUACUGUCUCUGAGGAUUCUACAUCUAGUACUGUCUCUGGGGAUUUUACAUCUAGUACUGUCUCUGGGGAUUCUACAUCUAGUACUGUCUCUGAAGAUUCUAGUGAAAUGACUGAACUGCCAGCUACACUGACAUCAACCACUGAAAUGCCAACUACACUGACAUCAACCACUGAAAUGCCAACUACUGAACUGCCAGCUACACUGACAUCAACCACUGAAAUGCCAACUACUGAACUGCUAACUACACUGACAUCAACCACUGAAAUGCCAACUACUGAACUGCCAGCUACACUGACAUCAACCACUGAAAUGCCAACUACACUGACAUCAACCACUGAAAUGCCAACUACUGAACUGCCAGCUACACUGACAUCAACCACUGAAAUGCCAACUACUGAAUUGCCAGCUACACUGACAUCAACCACUGAAAUGCCAACUACUGAACUGUCAACUACACCGACAUCAACCACUGAAACACCAAUAGUUUAUCUACCCUCAAGUCCAUCACCAGAGACUGAUGAGGUGUGUCAUUCAGCUGAGUGCAAAAAAGUAGCAGGACGUAUGUUGGAUGGGAUGGACAAGAGCGGUGUGAAGCCCUGUCAGGACUUCUAUCAGUACGCAUGUGGUGGUGUGGAGGAUGAACUUUUCCUGAAGCCUUAUGACCCAAAGGUUAAUGCUGCCAAAAUUAUCAAAGACAAGCUGGCUGGCAUAGAUCCUACAUCAUUGACUUAUCCUCUCAAAAAGUUUUAUGACAGCUGCCUGAAUUAUGAAAAUGUUAAUGAAAGUGAUCAUAAAAACGAGGUUAAGAAGUUGUUUCUGGAUAUUGGGUAUACAUUUAAUACUCCUAAUGACAACUUUAAAAUGUGGAAUGUAUUGGCCAAAAUGAUGAAGCUACACUUCACUCCAUUGUUUGAUAUAGGUUUAGAUCUUGAUGAGUCUGACCCCGCAAAAUUUGUACUUAAACUCACACCACCAUUGUUCAACUCGCCAUUUAGUGAUGACUUAGCCAAAUCCAGGUGCCUCCAGGAGUACAAACAACAUGUAGAAAAUGCUAAAUGGAAAAAUGGAAAGAUAAAUAUCACUGAUGAAUAUGAAAAGCAUAAGUUGUGUAUGAAGAAAGGACUUGGAGUUGAAACUCGGGUGAAGAUGAUGAAAAUGGCCGUCAAUGAUCUUAACCUUAUGGAGAACAUUACCAAUGCAACUGUCAGAGACGACUAUUUAACAAAUGCCUUGUUGGAUGCUAAUAACUUCAUAGAACUUUCAGCAGAGAUGCUGCCAGAUGUUCCAAAAUUACGAAUGUAUCACGUCCAAAAGGAAUAUGAGGAGAUGACUCUAGAGGACCUGGAUGAAGUCUUCACAGAAAAAACUAUUGGUUGGAGAGAACUGGUGGAUGACCUGUUGGAUAGGACUGUGGACCCUGGGACAAUGAAGGUGCAUGUCUACUUCAAGGAGGAGCUUGUUGCCCUCCUGAAAAUAAUGAAUGAAAGGUGGUAUCCGAAAGAUCUACUGGAUAUAUUUCUUCUCUUGUGGAGUGAGAAGAUAUAUAUAGACCUGGUGAAGCCCGAAGGAGCUAACUUUGGCUCGAGAGAAUACUGCUAUCGUGCCACAACUUCUCUCAUGAAAGACUUUACCUCUCACCUCUACCUUGAUGCCCUGCCUGACAAUAAUAUCAAAGAUGAGAUUGAUAAUAUGGUAAAAAUCACCAAGCAGAUGGCUAAAAGCCAACUUGAACGAAGAACCAAAAUAACAGCUUACGAUCUCUGGUUGGAGAAACUUGAAGAAAUGACUCAUGGGGUUCCUGAUAUACGAGUGAUCACUCCACAUCUUACCAAUAACAAGCUCCAGGAAGACUUGACUGAUGACUUCAUACAGAACAGCGUCACUCUGCUCAAGCGCUACCGAACCCUGAUGUACACUAUGUAUUAUAAUUCAGCAAAAAGCCCUGAAGUAUUGUGGAAUCACUUCCUCCUGCCAGAUGAUGUUCAUGCAGUUACUGUGUAUCCUCUUAACACAUUCUUGAUCCCAUAUGGAGCUUUAGAGGCUCCAUUCUUCUUCGAUAAUGUACCGCUCUACAUGAACUAUGCCGGGAUAGGCCACAUGAUUGCUGAAGAGAUCGCUCAUGGCUUUGAUGUUACAGGCAUCAAGUACAAUGGAACUAUGAAAAAUGAUAUAGACCCUGUCAUGACUUCAGAAUGUCUGGAAAACCAAAUAAGUCAGCAUUAUGAGUCCAGUGAUCUUAUUUUUAAUUACAAGGUUGACAAGGACCUGGCGCGUGAUGAGGUGAUCACAAACUCUGCAGCAAUCCGCUUAGCUUGGGAGGCUUACCUUACUGCAGUGACAUCUCAGCCAUUAACAACUAUGGAGGCACAUAUUCUUGAUGAUACUCGUACGGAUGCUCGACGUCGACGGUCAUUAAAUUUGUACCCAGGACUUGAUGCCAGUUCAACACGAGCCAAGCGGGAAACUUAUUCCUAUAUCAUGCCCAAAACAAACACAACAGAGAAACAAUUACCUUAUCUAUCCUUAAUGCCUCUACAGACUUACUUUGUCCGUUAUGUUCAGAACCACUGCAGUGCAAGCAGCGAGAUAGAUAUGUUAUCUGUUAUGGAGAAAGGGCAGUUACCAGCCAGACUGAGGAUGAACAUCAUUCUGAAAAAUGAGCCUCUGUUUGCUGAGGCCUUCAACUGCCCAGCUGCAUCACCUAUGAAUCCUGUGGACAAGUGUCCCUUCAUCCUAGGAUAAGCUAUAACCAUGUUAAGAGUUGCACAUUUACAAUUAGUAUUACAGUUUUUGUAUAUUUCAUUUUUAGACUGAGUUGACUAAAAUUACAGGUUAGUAACGGAUGUGGCACUUUGUUCCUACAACAAAAGAUGUUUUUAUUGUGAAAAGCAUAUUACUAAGAAUGGAGUGUUAUGACCACCUUUCAUGUCUUAACUUAUUUUUUAUCUAUGUCUAAAGCUUUAGGAUAUAUAUAUAUAUAUAUAUAUAUAUAUAUAUAUAUAUAUAUAUAUAUA